AUGCGCCAAUUUCUUUUUCUUUCACUUCUUUUUGCCAUACCGUACUCUUGCCGUGCUGGAUGUUAUCAGAGGAGAUUGUGUUGUUCCGGAAGAAAUAAUACGUGCAAAGGAGUCGAUGAUGGAAUAUCUCAUCUUCCAACCGUCAGUACAAUACAUAAUGAAGAAGCACAAACAUUCCAUCAACGCCCAAUAAGAGUUGAAAAAGAAUACUAUUCACCGCAUUAUGAGUCUUCUGGUGAUGGAUACGAUUUCAUUUUUCCAGAUGUUUUCGAUGGAGAAAGCGAUGAGAAAAUUGGAAAAUUGGUACUCCCAGAUAUAAUAGAAAUGGAAGGAUCUGGAGUGGAUAAAGUUUAUCAAAAAUACGGUCUUGGAAGUGGAGAUGGUGAACCAGAGUCAGUAAAAGAGAUUCCAUUGACAACUCCUGCUCCAAAAUUGAAAACUUUAAUUUUCGGACAAAAAAGAGAUCAAAGGACUCCUCCAGAAGAGAUAACGCGGUAUAGCGAGAAGCCAAAGCAUCUAUUAAUACGAUACUCACUUCUCUCGAAAUAUAUGCCAUUAAAAGUUACUUCAACUCCUCUUCUUUACGAAGAGAAUCGUGUUCAAUCAGCCAAUAAUUUAUAUUAUUUGGAAAGUUCGAUCAGUGAAUGUUAUUGUGAUGAACACUGUGUUGCAUUAGGAGACUGUUGUUCUGAUUAUACAUUUGUAUGUCCACCGAGAGACUGUGUACUAACUGAUUGGGAUCAAUGGACAAAAUGCUCUGCUGAUAAUGGCAUAUGUGGAAUUGGGACACAAAAAAGAUUGAGACACGUCAUACAAAAUGCUGAACGGGGAGGAGCAGCUUGUGAGCCAUUAAAGGAAAUGAAGACUUGUUUUGUCGAGUGUAGACCAAAGAAAUCUGCAUUGGAUGAUUUAACAACAGUUGCUUUAAUUUUGGAUUACAAAUACAAUCAGACACGUUCAAAGUUUGGAAGAAAUAAUAUCUACUGGGAUCUUCCGAAAAUUGCGGAAAAAGUGAAAAAGGCGUCUUUUUAUUGUGUUCACUAUUCGAUUGAAUGGGUCAAUCGUAAUUGUGUUUCACGCCUUCUGAAUAAAGGGUUAGCCGAAGGAAGUGUUAUGUGUGCUGAAUGUCAACCAGAAGCGACCUAUCACAGAAAUAAUGGGAGAUGUGCUUCUGAUUUAGAAGAUGGAGAUCAAGGAUUCUGGAAAUUGAUCGGUCCUCAGUCAUGUAAUGGAAUUUGGACGAGGAUCAAUAGAACAGAGCAUUGUCAAUGUCAAAAUAAAUAUCCAGAUAAUCAUCCGUUCUUACUUGUUUAG